UGCGCGGUAAAGCGGACUGACGGUGUUCGUAGGAAGGGGUCAGAACGGGGCAUGCGUUCUAAACAUGGAGGGCGAUGAAGAGGAAGACUACAUGUCCGAUUUGUUUAUUAAACAGGAUGUAAGGCCUGGUUUGCCCAUGGUGAGGCGGAUGAAGGAAGCUAUUCAGAAAGAAGAAAAGCAAAAAGAAGCCAAUGAGAAGAACAGACAGAAGAGCAUAAAAGAAGAAGAAAAAGAGAGACGUGACUUGGUAUUGAAAAGCGCGUUGGGCAAUGAGAACAAAGGUUUUGCUUUGCUCCAGAAGAUGGGCUACAAAAGCGGCCAGGCCCUUGGCAAAAGCGGAGAAGGCAUUGUUGAACCUAUUCCUUUGAACAUAAAAACAGGCAGAAGUGGGCUUGGUCACGAGGAAUUAAAAAAACGAAAAGCUGAAGAAAAAUUGGAAAACUAUAGACAAAAACUCCAUAUGAAAAAACAAGCAAAUGAACAAGCUGCAGAUCAGUUCAGAAUAAGAUUCAAAAACAAACAAGAAGAACGUAAGAUGGAAGGGGACCUCCGAAAAAGCCAGAGGGCCUGCCAGCAAUUAGAUAUGCAAAAAGAUAUUGAUGUUCCCAAGGAGACUUGGUAUUGGCUAGAACCUGAGGAGGAAGACAAAAAGGAUGAGGAAGACCAGGAAGAUGAAUGCACAAGCUCCGACUUAAAUGUCUCGGAAAAGCUACAUAUGUUGACUGCCUAUUUGAGAGAAGAACACUUCUAUUGCAUUUGGUGUGGAAUAACAUAUGAAGACUCUGAAGAUUUAUCUUCAAACUGCCCUGGAAACAGUGCUGCCGAUCAUGACUAA